AUGUGGGGUCCACAGGUGAAGUGCUACUCAAAAAGGAAUGAGCCCACCACCGUGGGCCUGAAAAGGUCGGCUUUGGGCAGACAGAUGCUGUCCACUACCUAUUUCAGCCAUGCACCUCCAUGCAACGGUGGGUUCGAAAUAGGCGCCUUCUACGAAAUCGAUCACGAAAAGCUUCCCCCCAAAUCCCCCAUCCAGCUCAAAGCCAUACGCGUCGUAAAGGUUUGCGAAACGACGACUCUGGACGUGACCGUGAGCUUUCCCAGCAACCGCUCGCUGCGCCACUACUUCGCCUCCCAGUCCGACGAGAGAGGGCCCGAGCUUGACGAGAGGUUCGUGAUGAGUUCGAACCACGCGGGCAAAAUCCUUCGGAGAUCGAUACCGAGGCCGCAGCUGGAGGGGGAGAGGCACCUGGAGAGAUUCUGGCUCGUAACGCCGGGGUCGUACAACUUGCGAAACCCGAGGAUGUCGCCGAGCUCCGAGCCGGGCGCUGAAGAUGUUAAGAGCUCCCAGAAGGCGAUGAGCUCGUGCCUCCUUACCCUGAAGCACAGCGGAGCUCCUGGGUGGGGGAUUCGUAGGAAGGUCAAGUAUAUAGGGAGGCAUCGAGAUCACUUGCCUUCUUCGAAGGAGGAGGACGAAGUAGUGGAUUGCAAGGAGGUGAAGGAGGACGAGGAGAAGGUGCUGAGCGGGAGCGGACGCAAGAGGAAGCGGCCGCCGGAGACUAGCCAUGAUAGGAAGGAGGCCAAGGAGCCGGGCCGUCUGCUGAGCGGCGUUCAGGAGGAGGAGGGGAAGAAGAGAUGCAGAGAAGGGAGCCGGGUGAAGGCCGGGUACAAGGAGAGGUGGUCUCGCGAGAGGUACCAAGCGGCGGAGCUUAAGUUGCUGGAUAUAAUGAGGGAGAAGGGUGCGGCGCUGGGGAGGCCUAUUCUUCGGCAGUUGCUGAGGGAGGAGGCGAGGAAGCACAUCGGGGACACGGGGCUGCUGGACCACCUCCUGAAGCACAUGGCCGGGAAGGUGGUGUCGCAGGGGAAGGAGAGGUUCAGGAGGCGCCACAACGCGGAAGGCGCCAUGGAGUACUGGCUGGAGCCCGCGGAGCUGGUGGAGAUGCGCCGGAUGGCCGGCGUGAUGGACACCUACUGGGUCCCUCCUCCCGGCUGGAAGCUCGGCGACGCCACCUCCCCUUGCCCCUGCUCCGCCAAGUGCCAAGCUCAGCUGGAUGAGCUCAGAGGGGAGCUCAUGCGCAAUCUGAAGAGCCGCUUUGUUACUUGGUUUUCUUAG